GAGUUGAGCUGCGAGAGAGAUGCUGGGUCACUGAAGAUAGGGACCGCAGCGACACGCAACUGAUGCUCCUCCGGAACGGAACGCGAUGCUUAUCCCUCUGCUAGCCUCAAAAUCUUGUGUGGCUCCCAGCAUCUUUGAGUCACAAGACAGGUGAUUCCAGGCUACGACUAUCUCAGAACUCUGGUCCCGGGUGCACAACAGUGAUUCCCCUGCUGAACUCCGGGAUCUUGGGGGUGAGGGGGCUGGGAAGAACCUGUCGGCACCGCCCCGGGCCACCUUAGGAGCUCUCCAGUGCUGACCACGGAUGCCUCCAGGCCCCCAGGGUGCUCGGACCAGAGCCUGCCGCGCCCCGCAGAGCCUGGGCUGAGCUGCUGGGAGAGCUGACGCAGAGCGCUGGGAGAGCUGGGAGCAGUCGGCUCUGGGCUGGACAUGGAUCUGCAGAGACCGGACUCCUACCAGGGCGGAGCUGGCCCUCAUUUCAGCGAGCAUGUCCUACACAAGACCAUUCUGGUUGGUGACAGUGGCGUUGGGAAGACAUCUCUACUGGUUCAGUUUGACCAGGGGAAGUUCAUCCCUGGCUCCUUCUCAGCCACCGUGGGCAUCGGAUUCACAAAUAAAGUGGUGACAGUGGAUGGUGCCAGGGUGAAGCUUCAGAUCUGGGACACUGCAGGACAGGAGCGCUUCCGCAGUGUGACCCAUGCUUAUUACCGAGAUGCUCAGGCUUUGCUCCUGUUGUAUGACAUCACCAACCAGUCUUCUUUUGACAACAUCAGGGCCUGGCUCACAGAGAUUCACGAGUAUGCCCAGAGGGAUGUGGUGAUCAUGCUGCUAGGCAACAAGGCAGAUAUAAGCAGCGGAAGGGUGAUCCGUUCUGAGGAUGGAGAGACACUGGCCAGGGAGUAUGGUGUUCCCUUCAUGGAGACCAGUGCCAAGACUGGCAUGAAUGUGGAGUUGGCCUUUCUGGCAAUUGCCAAGGAGCUGAAAUACCGUGCAGGGAGGCACCCUGAUGAGCCCAGCUUCCAGAUCCGAGAUUAUGUGGAGUCCCAGAAGAAGCGUUCCAGCUGCUGCUCCUUUGUGUGACUCCCAAGGGGCUAAGAGGAGGCCCAGAGAGCCUUGGGGAUGCAGUUACUCCAACUGCCACACCAACUAGGAGAAGCUGGGGGUUCAGUGGGCAGUCUCUGCCAGGGAGGUAGCUGUUACCCUAGUUUCUUUAUCUUCUCUGCAUCAUGGGAAGGAUUAAAUACUCAUACUUUAUCUUAAUAUACAAAAACUAAUAACACAAAAGGUACCAGUGUGCCCCCAAACCGAAAUAGGUAGGGACUCGGUGAUCCUUUGCUUUCUGGGACUAAGUUCUAAAAGGCUGGGCCUCCCUCCUAGCAAGAAUGUUACUGCACCAACAUGGCACCAGGGGGCGCCAAAGCACUGCUAGGGCGUGGGAGCUGGUUGUGCUCCCCAUGCCACCCCCCACCUAUCCUCACUAAGGCGGUGAAGGAGACCCCAGACUUCUCUUCUUCCUGCUCCCAGAAAGAAAAACAGCCUUUCCCAAUAAGAAGGGCUUUAGUGCUGGGAGCUAGUCCAAAGUCUCAAGAAAGACAGACAUGGAAAUUGUCAUAACAAGAAUAGCAAUUAUUAGGGUGAGUCUGCUCAGCUACCUCUGGUUUUCCCGACCCUCCUUCUGGAAGCCUGCACAUGCUUUUUCUCCAGCACACACGCACAGUAGGGCACCUGAAAACAUCCCUUCCUAUUCUCUGGACCUCACAUCCCAGGGGAUGCCCUGCUCUCCCAUGGAACCUCUCUCGUCAGCUUUCCACCUGGGUUCCUAGACACCAGAGGUCAGAGUCUGGAAAAAAUUCCCCUCCCUCCCAAUCCUGAGACAAGGUGUACAGCACCACAGCUAUUUAAGGCAGAGGUCAGAGCCAGAUAAAGAACUUGUUGGCUCCGAGAACGGGUGGGAGGCGGAACAGAACAAACCCAUAGUCCAGUUUUUCCCAUUAAGCCCCAGCUCUCUGUCCCUGCUCUCUUCUUUAAAUUCAGACCAACACUAGGGCAAAAUGGUUUUAUCUCUUCCUCUUCCACUAGAUCAGGUUGAGAGGAUUAGAAGUUGUCCUUCUGGGGGUGAGUUGAUGUAGUGUGUGCAGAACAAGGUAGUGUGGGCAAGUCUGGGGUACAGAGAACAACAACAAGGAAGCCCUGGAGGCCCAAGGCCAUGUGUGUCCUGAAGCUCUGACCUCACCCUUAAAAGGACACUUGGAGGUGUGCAGAUCCAUGGCCUACAGAAAGCUUUACUACAUCUCUGUAGGUUGGGCAGAGACUGGGGAUCCAAGAAAGUGUGUGUUGCACAUUUCUGAGGUUAUUGUAUUUGCUUUCAAGGCAGAAAUCUUGCUCCCAGAGCAAAGUCAGCACUCUAAACUUGGGUUGAUAAGGAAGCUCUCUGUGACCAUCUCAUUGGCAGAUCAGGGAGGAGCCUGGGCUCCCAGUUCUCUUCUGGGGCUCUGAGCAGAUUGCCUGAGCUCUAGUCACAUAGCUCUGGGCCUCUGGCAUUUGUGCUUUUCAGAAUUAAAUUGCAGUAUUUUGGAAAAUAUACUCU